GCAAAGCAUGGGCAAUAGGGUGUCUAGUUCAUUUUUUUUACACUGCUACAACUUGGAAGUUUGGCUUUGUUGGUCUUGUUUACUGUAUGUAAUCAUGCUAUGGCUUUAGAAAUGACCAUCUACAGUAUUAUUCUAUUCACAAGCUCUUGAGACAGUAACUUAAUGUCACUCCACGCCCUAUGGUGCCUUCAUUGUCCUUCUUAUUGAAAGAAAUUGUAGAAUCCGUUUGAGACAUGCCUAGGAUCUAAAUGUGCUUUUGAGAGAAGCAGACUCGAGGCUAUGCAAAAGUGUUCCAUGGUCUUGUAUGUUUGAGUCUUAUUAUAGAUUUUAGGUUUCGAUACAUUGAUUGUGUUAUUGUAUGCAUCUUGACAUUGCAUUUACUAUGUAUUGAUUAAAGGCGCUCCUUAUGGAUGUCUUGAUCAAUAGACUGAACCCAUUCUGGGAUUCCUUUGCCCUACUUGAUUACUCUGGUUAACAUAAACCAGUUUAUGUAGCUCUCUACAUUCAACUUGUCCGUUUUCUAUUUAAGAAUGUGUUGCAAUCUGCUUACGAAUUGUUUGAUGAGAUGUCCCGAGGAUGUGUUUGGACAACAUUCUUGAUUGGGUUAUAUUUUCUGUUUGUAUUGAUUGCACAAAACCACUUCCAUUCUCAUUUUGCCUUGUUGUUUGUGUCCGUUGCCAAUUGAUUUAUGCGUGAAGUUUUUGUUUGAGGCCAAAUAUUUUCCUUUUAUUCUUGCAAAUGAUGAUGAACGAAAUGUUCCCUGGGCAUUAUUUUGCAAAACACACUCUAAAUCUUUUUCCUCCAGUGUUUGUGGGGCUGAUUUGGUAUAGUCUUCUAGUUGUCUGGGAGGUUAAUUUUUUGCUUUUGAAGUGAUAUACAUGAAUGGAAACAGCAGGGUCUUGUAAGGAUUGCAUGAUUUACUUUUGCUUCAUAUUUCUAUGGACUAGUAAUGUGGAAAAUCUAAAGAUAUUUGCUUUGUUCUUCUAUUCACCUUUUUCCUUUGAAUGAAUUGAAGGUCUCCACUCCUGAAUAACUUGUAUUAAAUUUUGUCAAUUUUCUAAAUUCUUAUAUUAUUGUCUCUUUCUGAAUAACUUGUAUUAAAAUGUCAACAUACACCUGUGGGCCAAGGAGAGCCAUGGAUACAGAUAGGUCCAAACAGUUCAUGGGCCCGCGGCCCAUCUCUUUUUUCCCGCCAAACUCUCGUACCCCCUUUUUUUCCCGCGCCACUUCAGAGCUACAGAUCUCAAAUCCCUCAACAUUUCAACUCUUGCUUUUAUUUUUUACUGUUCAAUCUUUGGAGGAAUUACUUGUCUCAAAAGACUUAUUCAAGGAUUUCGCUAUCUAUAUCGCAUUAUUAAGAGAAUAGCUUCGGUGGUUACGACAUGUGUAGAGAGGAAGUUCAGAGUGUAAGCGAUGACAUGCUGAUUGAUGGAAAAUCAGAUGGUGCUGAGAACAGACAAGCAAAUUGUGUACUUAAUGAAUUCAAUGCCGAUUAUCUCAAGGUGUACUAUGGAAAAAUUUUUCCUUAUGCCGAAAUAUUUAAAUGGAUGUCAUAUGGAAACGAUGGGAAGCAUCCUGCUUGUGACAAGUCCUACUUUGGCCGACGAGAAUUUUCUUUUACACUGGAGAAUGAUAUUUACUUGCGAUUCCAGUCUUUCAAUCGUGUAUCUCAGCUGGAAAGUUCCAUCAAAGAAAAAUGUCCCUUCAAAAUAGAUAUUGGACCUGUGUAUAGUGUGGAUCCUGCUAAGAGGCAUGCGUAUGCUCAAAGUGGUGAUAACGUAUUUACUCCAGUAGAGAGGGAAUUGGUUUUUGACAUUGAUAUAAGUGACUAUGAUGAUGUUAGAUAUUGUUGCUCUGGAGCUGAAGUUUGCUUGGCCUGUUGGCCUCUAAUGACAGUUGCUAUUAAAGUAAUUGAUACUGCUCUCCGAGAUGACUUUGGUUUCAGUCACAUUCUCUGGGUGUACAGUGGCCGACGAGGCGUCCACUGUUGGGUUUGUGAUGGAAAAGCCAGAAGAUUGACUAAUGAACAAAGGGCUGCUAUUGCUGACUAUUUCCGUGUAUACAAGGGAAAUGAAAAUAGUAACAAAAAAGUUUCUUUGACGGGUCCUGUCCUUCAUCCUUUUCUUGUGAGAUCGUAUAAUGAAGUUCUUAAGGAUUUCUUUGAGGCAAAGUUGCUUCAAAGUCAGAAGAUAUUUUCAACUGAGGAAAGAUAUGAAAAGAUACUUGAAAUGAUUCCUGAUGAAGCUGUUACAUCUGAGCUUCGGGGGAGAUGGCAUGAGAAUAGGAGAUCCUCCAUGUCAAAAGAAGAUAUCAACAUUUUUCGAUGGGAGCAACUAAAACAUACACUACAAUCAGGAAAACAGAAGGCUCAAGGGCUGCGUAGGUGCGUUGAAGAGAUAGUAUUCUGUUUUACUUACCCUAGGCUAGAUAUGGAGGUGUCCAAACACAUGAACCAUUUGCUGAAGGCACCAUUCUGUGUGCACCCAAAGACAGGACGUGUUUGUGUUCCUAUUGACCCAAACAACUGUGACGAAUUUGAUCCUUCAACAGUACCAACACUUGCCCAGCUUCUAGAAGAACUUAACAUGGGAGGUUUGAGAACAGAUGCUGAUAAUGAAUCAGAUGGAACCUCGCUGGGAAAGUCGCUCAGGUUUUUCAGGUCCUCAUUCAUGGAGCCUUUGCUAAAAUCUUGUAAGGAGGAGAUAGAAAGUUCAUAUGCAAAACUGCAGAAGUCAAAGAAUUCCUUGAGUUGGUAGUACCUUCAAAAUCAUUUAGUCCUUGUAUAUCUGUAGUUUCUGGAGUUGGAUGCAACCUCAUCUUGUGAUUCUGUUGAGGUAGGUUCCUAUCCAUGAAGAAAUACUUUUGAUGUAAGUUAGAUUGUAAGAUGGAAGGAUAAAAAACCUGUAUCUGAUACUUGAUUAAGAAUACGUAUUUACAUU